AUGCGACGGAUCGCGCAAAGCAUUGGACGCGUGCUCUGCGCGGGAGAUACUCUAACGACCUCUGAAAGCUCCCAGUCCCCAUCGAUACAUGUGAACGACCCAAACAACCACCAAACACCAACAGCAUCUCAGCCUCCUGAGUCCGGCCCUUUAUGCGACAUCUGCUCCAAUCUAGAUUUUCACGCCAUCCUCCGCGACGGUGUCUCGCAGCACAACCCCGUCCCAUAUGACCUGCUCACCAACGUCCUCGGACGCGCCGCCUCGCCGGGGACCUGCGCGUUCUGCUCGCUCGUAGGCGACCUCGUCCGCCGACUAUGGCUCCUCGACACCCCGGGAUGCGCGAGCGUCGACCUUUCAGGCAUCACAUUAUCCCUGUUUGCGCUCACGUGUGGACACGUGUUGGGCCCUGUGCCCCAUAGCACAGAGGAGGAGCGCCGCGUCGGGCACCGGAUAUAUGUCCUGCCCUCGGAAAGACCAGCGGAGAUUCUACGUGCGGCUAAUAAAGCGGGAAAGGCGCUCAUUCUGGAGGUGCAGCUGAUGCAGGAGGACGCACAUCGCUUUGGGCGGGACCGGGUGCUGCAUGGGCGGAGGAUGGGCGAUGUCGUGGAUAUAGAGUUGGUCAGGACGUGGUUAAGGGUAUGCGAGGAACAGCACGGAGAACGGUGUAGGGCGCCGUGGUGGGCGGCGCCAGCGUUGCGGGAGGAUCUGCCGAAGGAAGUGAGGGUGUUGGAUGUGCAGAAGAUGAUGCUCGUCCCUGCAUCAGCGUCUGCAGACAGUCGAUACCUCGCUUUGAGUUACGUGUGGGGCUCGCCGGAGGUAUGCGACCACAACUCGUACUGGACGACUUCGGCCAACCUGGAAGAACGGAUGAACAAAGAGGGUGGUGUACCCCUCGAGAAGCUGCCGGCGGCCAUCACUGAUGCCAUUCUCGUCACCUGCGCACUCGGGGAACGAUACUUGUGGAUUGACGCCCUCUGUAUUGCUCAGGACUCUCGGGACGACAAAAAGGUCCAAAUUAACGUUAUGGACCAAAUCUUCCUGCGUGCUAUCAUCACCAUUUUCGCCACUUCUUCUGCCUCAUCUGGCGUUGCGUCAUCAGCAGCUGCGCCCUUUCCCGGUCUGGGACCAGGCACGCGCGAGGCCACGCAGAGAGUGCGUGUCGUGAAAGGUCUCAGACUCUGUGCACCCCUACCAAGGGCUCCCGAAGCGAUAUCGCAAACGAUGUGGAACACGCGUGGCUGGACUUACCAGGAGAUGAUGCUCGCCACACGGCGGCUGGUCUUUACGCCACACCAGGUGUUCUUCCAGUGCUCCGAGGAC